AUGAAGUUCAGUGGCCAUGCCUCGCAACCUGCAAUAUACGCUGUCGUCUUCACUUCCACAGUGAUCGCCAUCCUUGCGAUAGCCCUGCGGCUUUACACCCGAUUUGCAAUUGUGCGCGCACCUGCAUUGGACGACUUGCUCGCCACACUGGCUCUUGGCUUCCUAUGUCUCUUCACAGCAUGCGUUGCGCUAUUAAGUGCGUUCUUUCGAUGGUUGAUGAAACUCUCAACUGACGGCGCACUAGCUUACUACGGUCUUGGACGGCAUCAGGCUGACCUUACCGAGACGGAACAACGGAAGUCAUUACUCUCCCUCUGGAUCUCAGUAAUGGUAUAUCACGUCAGUCUCUGGCUGGCAAAAGUUUCUAUUGUAAGUGCGACUUCCAAACAGCCUUGCGACAACGACAUUGCGUGCUAAUAUGAUGACUCUGACGGUCAAGAUCUUCCAAUGCCUUGAGGUCCUUGGAUCGAUCCGCUGGCUCCGUAUUGCCGCCUGGACUCUUGCGGCCAUAGUCACUUGCUUCACCAUCUACACUGUAUUCGCGACAAUCUUCAUAUGCAAGCCGAUCUCACUUUUCUGGAACCAGGACCAGAUCGGAAGCUGUCUUUCCAGGCUACCUUUGUGGUAUGCACACUUCUCGUUCGGCAUCGCCACAGAUAUUGCCGUCGCCGUUCUCCCACUACCUGUCAUCAGAAGCCUCCGUUUGCCAAAGCGAGAGCGGAACAUGCUUAUUGCCGUUCUCGCUCUGGGCGGCAGUGUCUGCAUCGCCUCCAUCAUUCGAUCAAACGUCUUAUACGCCAUGACGGGCAGCCACGACGAAAGCUGGCGCAACGCACAAGUAGGGCUGUACUCCAGCAUCGAGGCUUCCUGGAUCCUUAUCGCCGCCUGUUUACCGACAUACAAUGCGUUCGUGGCCAAGUUCUUUCCCCAAUUCUGUGUACACGCGGGCCCUUAUACUCAGAGUCUCGAGCUAGCGGACGUUGGUGCUAGCGAGCCUCGAAAGGCGGGGACUGUGUCAAUGAAGAUUACAGAUGAUGGUGUUGAAGUAGCGCAUCCGGGGCUGCAGGUGGAUUCCCAAUAUCUGCCCAAGGAGAUGGCUGCUACGCACGCCGAAGCUGCUGUGCCAUCAGGAAGUAGGGGUGAUCUAUUGCAGCAGAACGACGACGAUGCCAUACUUCCCAGCACGGCUCGUAAUGAAGACAGAGAAAGCUUCGAACUUCCACCUGUCUCUGUAUGUGGUCUUUGA